GUUAGACCAGACGCAAGAAAGGUUUUGAACAUUGGAUAUUAACUAACACAAUUCGAGAAGAAAUAAUAGGCGUUAUAUGAUGAUUUAUAUCAUGUGAACAUAAGUUAUUUCUAGGAAUCAGCGUCGGGUGUUAUUUUAUUUUUUGAGAAGCAGGAUCUUACAUUUAUAUUUAGAGUAUAAGAAGUUUAACGUUAACGAAAUACUUAGCUUUAAGACUUUUAUACAUUUUUAUUAUGUUAUUUGUUAAGGAACGUUUACUGUGAACAUCCCAUAUUACCUUCUAUAUGUAUUAUACUCAAACAUUCGAUUUUUGAAAGUUAAUUGUUAAGAUUAGUUGUUUACAAUUGUUGGACAUUUCUAUUACGGAUAAUUAUUAUACUCAUGCACUCAUGCUCUAAUGCUUUCAUAUGGCAUUACAAAAUGGUUAAACGUUAUCGUACUUUUGAAAAACAAAACAAUAAUAAUAAAGCAGACCAAAAUAAACAAGAGAAUGAAGAAAGCAAAAUUACUGUAAAUCACCAAUAUGAUCAAGGUACUUACAACUUUACACAAUAUUGUGCAUCGUCAGCUGAACCCAGCAGUUCAAGGAGAACAGAAGAAAGUAUUUAUAGAGCAGAAAAAUCUUCAGAAAAUAUUAAUCAGAAGGAGAACUUAUUUAACAGAUUUUCUUUAGAAACUGAUUCACAAUUUCAAGAGAACCCAAAGAGUAAUAAAAAUAAACAAGAUUUCAUCACUAUUAAUAGGAAUGAAUUUCUGUUUGGAGGUAGAUCAAAUAGAUUAGCCGGUGGCAGUCAAGAUGAUAAGAAACCCUAUUUUGUUCUCAAUAUAUUCGGAGCAGCACCUUUGCCACUUUAUUAUGAUCCAGAACAAUAUGAGGAUAAUGCAUGUGCAAUUGUAGAUAAUAAUCUAACAAUCAAAAAUGACGUAUCAGAAAAUGUUCCUGAAUUAAAUAAAAGUGUUUUACAAAUAAAAAGUAGAUUGCUCACAAAUUCAGGUGAAAAUAAUUGUGAAAAACAAUUACAGAAACAAAUAAACGAUAACACAACUCCAAAGUCAAAGGAAGAGAAUAAAUUGCCGGAUGUUAAACAGAGGAAGACUAAAAAUCAAGAGCUAGAAAGUCAGUUAAAAAAAGAGUCAGGACAGAAAAAACAAAUCAAUGAUGGAGGAUCGAAAAAAUCUAAGGGGAAGUCAAAAAAAGAAAUGAAAUUAAAUAUGGUAUCCGAAAAAGAAUCUCAAAAUCAAUUAGAAGCUGAGAUUUAUAAAAAAAUGAGGAAAGAUGCAAGACAUUUAACAGAAACGGAAGUAUAUGCGCCGACAGUCCAACAGAAUAAUUGUCAAUUAAAAAAUGGAAGCAAAUCUAAGUGGACCGAUACAGAAAAAAAAAUUAAAAAUACUAAGGAGAAUACUACAAUAAAAAAACAUCAAGAUAUUUUUAUUAGUAUUAAGGAUAAUAAUGCGAAGAAAAUACCUCCGAAUUACCCCGUUCAAAAUAUUAUGCAAUAUUGUCAAAAGAAGAAUAACAAUGGCAGAAAACAAAACGAUAAAAUUGGGCGACAAAAGAGAGAAGAUAAGGUACCUAGACACUUAACUCAAUGUUUAAAAUGUCACCAAAAUAGUCUCAAAAAUAAUGAACUGCAAAUAAAGAAAAAAAAAAUGAAGAAGAUUGGUUAUUUUAAACCAAUUUUCGGCGAAAAGCAACGAAAACAGAUUAAGAAAAUAAAUGUGCCAAAACAUAAAACCAAGGAGAGUCGAAAUUCUGUAAAACUUCAAAAAUCUUAUACGGCAUUUUUCGAUAACAAGAAACAAAAACGAAAAGAAGAAAAACUAGUGAAAAAAGAGAAAAAAAAAUCUAAAAUAGGUUUCAAUGAACUGCGAAAUGGAAAGGGCAAAAUCAUUAGAAAUGAAAGGACUAAGAAAAAACCUGCUCUACCUAAUUUUAGGAUCAAGCCCAAAGAGCCGGAAACGACUACUGAAUAUUUACAUAUAUUGAAUAUUAAAGAUGAUAACCUUCAAAAAAAGAAGCCUACGAUCGAACGCAAUAAUAAUUUCAAAGAAAAAUGCACACAAGAUGAUAAAAUACCUAAAUAUACCAAUAAUUUCUCAAAUGUCCUUGAAAGUGAGAAAGAGAAAACUGAUGAAGUAAGUAAUACUGCGCCAUCCAAACAAGAAAUAGAAAAAAGAGUUAUUGAGGCUAUAAGGCGGCGGAAAAAAGAAAAGAAAGAUCAGAAAAAACUGACAGAAUCAUAUAAAAAAACACAACAGUCAGUUGUAAGCGAAAAUAUCCAAAUUCGAAGAGAAUUAACAAAAUUACUCAAACAUAAAACUAAAAUGCAAAAGAAGAAUAUGGAAGGUAAUGUGAACGAAGAAGAAAACGAAGGUCAAAAAGAAAAAAAUGAUAAAGUGGAGGAUUUACUAGAAGACACUUUGAAAAAAGCCAAAAAGCUUAAGAAAGAAGCGAAGAAGAGCAUUAAGUUAAAUAGUGGCGGUAAUCCACGCAGUGUGAAAUUACUACAAGAGCGAAAGAUAAUUUCAGCCAAAAAUGAACUAAAAGAAUCAGUUAAAAAAUUAUCAAGAGAACGUAAAUUAGCGAUAAUAGAAAAGAGUAAAGAAGUUUUUUUUCUGGAUGCCCCAAGCACAUCAUGUAGGGAAACAAUUAGACACAACCUUGGAAAAGGAAUUAAUUUUCCUACAUCAAGUACAUUUAGAGAAGCAAUUAGAAAAAACUUCGUACAAGAAUCCGAUGCAAAUGAACAAGUUGAAGAAAAUCAAAUAGAUGACCAGAAAAGUGUAGAUACUACACAAUUAAAGAAACAGACCUGUAAUAAUAAUAAGGAAAGUCUGACUAAAGAAGUCACAUACGUAAAAACCUACAACAAAUCUGAUACAAACAAACGACUGAUUAGGAAGAAAAAUCGAAAUUAAAAAACCAAAAAAUGGAGGGAAUUUAUAUAUUAUGAAAAUCUAAACUUAACCUAAAAUUCUUAUAACUUUCAAAACUAUAAAAGGAAAGUGGAAUAGGGUGUUGCAUGCAAAAUUGUAAAAUACAAAAAAAACUGGAAUAUAAGGGAAUAAAAUAUAAAAUAAAUACAAAAGACUUUAGAACAGAAAAAAAUUAAGUAUAAAAUCAAUAAGAAGAAAGUGGAAUAGCAAAAAUAGAAAGUGGAA